UCAUCUGUCUGAUUUGCAAAAACACCCACGUGACAUACAUUUUACCGGUAUCACGUGACUUUCCUUGGCAGCUUGCCCAUGGUGUUUUAGGGACCCUGCCGUAGUUAAAGAUGCUGCUGUUUCUGAUAAUGUUACCAGUUAGACAAAGACGAUAAAGAAAGGACACGACAAGAUUGGAUAAGGCUGACGAGGGCCACUUUUGUCUCUGAGCACCAACACGUACGUCUGUGGAACAGGAUGGAGAACGAGACUGAAUCCAAAAAGCUGAACGGCCAGCCUGAGGGUCCUGCGACCCUUUCAAAACCCAAAGAGAGCAUGCAGCUCAAAAAGGAAAUCUCUCUCCUGAACGGCAUCAGCCUCAUCGUGGGGAACAUGAUUGGCUCAGGCAUAUUUGUGUCGCCAAAGGGGGUUCUCAUCUACAGCGCCUCCUACGGACUGUCUCUAGUUAUCUGGGCCAUCGGUGGCAUCUUUUCAGUGGUAGGUGCUCUCUGUUACGCAGAGUUGGGCACGACAAUCACUAAAUCCGGCGCCAGCUACGCCUACAUCCUGGAGUCUUUUGGAGGCUUCAUGGCGUUCAUACGUCUAUGGACAUCGCUGCUCAUCAUCGAACCCACGAGUCAGGCUGUUAUUGCCAUCACCUUUGCCAACUACUUGGUUCAGCCGCUCUUCCCCACCUGCGAGCCGCCGUAUUCUGCUUCUCGACUUAUUGCUGCAGCCUGUAUCUGCCUGCUGACCUUUAUAAAUGCGGCUUAUGUCAAGUGGGGUACCAGGGUGCAGGAUGUCUUCACUUAUGCCAAAGUGCUGGCCCUCAUUGUCAUUAUUAUCACAGGGAUAGUGAAACUGGGCCAAGGUUUCACAAUGAACUUCGAGGAUUCUUUCCAAGGCUCGUCUCGUGACCCAGGAGAUAUCGCUUUGGCAUUGUACUCGGCUCUUUUCUCGUACUCAGGCUGGGACACUCUUAAUUUUGUCACAGAAGAAAUUAAGAACCCUGAAAGGAACCUUCCUCUCUCCAUUGCGAUCUCCAUGCCCAUCGUUACGAUCAUCUACAUCCUCACAAACGUGGCCUACUACGCUGUGCUUGACAUGAGUGCCAUCCUCGCCAGUGAUGCUGUCGCUGUGACGUUUGCAGACCGCACCCUGGGAGUGAUGAGUUGGACCAUCCCCAUUGCGGUUGCUUUAUCUUGUUAUGGAGGUCUUAAUGCUUCCAUCAUUGCUGCAUCUAGGUUGUUCUUUGUGGGAGCUCGAGAAGGUCAUCUUCCAGAUGCUUUGUCCAUGAUUCAUGUGCAGAGAUUCACACCAGUUCCUGCACUGCUAUUUAAUUGUGCCAUGGCUUUGAUCUACCUUACAGUGGAGGAUGUUUUCCAGCUGAUUAACUAUUACAGCUUCAGUUACUGGUUUUUUGUUGGCCUUUCAAUUGCUGGGCAGAUCUACCUUCGCUGGAAGGAGCCAGACAGGCCCCGACCACUGAAGUUGAGUCUGCUGUAUCCCAUCAUCUUCUGCAUUUGUGUCGUGUUCCUGGUGGCUGUGCCGCUUUAUUCUGACACACUCAGCUCACUCAUUGGAAUUGCUAUUGCCCUCUCUGGAGUUCCUGUUUACUUUUUGGGUAUCUAUCUUCCAGAGUCUAAACGCCCACCCAUCAUCACUAAACUACUAAAUGCCAUCACCCGUUUCACCCAGUUCACGUGCUUUUGUGUGCUCACCGAGAUGGACACUGUUGAUUAGAACACUUGCACCCCUCUGACCCACAAACCCACUGGUUCAGGAAGAGGAAACCAGUAUCUGGAGAUAAGGGAAAAAGAUCUUCCACACUUUUAAAGACACAGAUGCACUCCUAAUGUCACUGUGUUGGAUUCUUCUUUUUCUUUAUUAUAAGGUAUCUGUUAAGGUCACGGUGCACUGCGGUAUUAGAAAUACGACCUUCUGAACUUUAUGGCGUGAAAAUAGAGGCCAUUUUAAAGUUCUGGUUCAUAAUGGUACCAGUGGGCUUACGAUGGAAACAUCAUCUGUAUUCCUCUCAGUGAAAUGAGAACAUGAACAGGAUGCAGUGGUUUGCGUGUGCCCUUAUGAACAUGGCCAAGAGUUAGAUUUGUGUUUGUAACAUUUUUCUCUAUUUUUUAACUAACAUGCUUUUAUUUUAGAAUCUAGAUUUUACAAUUUGUCAAUUAAAUUAUACACCUUUUUUAAACUGAAAAAGGUUUGAUUUUAUUUUUAUCUUCCUCAUCGUGAUUUACUUUCGCACAUAUCUGUCAGUUCUUUUAUAGUAUUUGGAGUGUUUUCGGUGUUGGCCAGAGGUCAGUCCUGUAUAAAUGCCCGCAUGCCUUAACUGGCUUUUAGGGGAAGGUGAUUAUACAAAGUCAAAUCUGCUGCUAUACAUAUAAUGAAACAUCACAUGCUCACUUGUGGAAGAAGCUAGGUAAGAAUAAAGAUGAAGAGUACAUCAGAUGUGCUGGUAACAUUUGUCGACUCACUCUAGGAAAGUUCUUUAAGUACAUCUGUUCUAAGUGUGGAUCUUUAUUAUCUGUAUUAUCAAAUUCUGUUAACUUUAAAUGGUAUCCCAGAUUAAAUAAGCAAUAAACAUAUAUAUAUAUUUUUUUUUUACUGGUGAAAAUCCCAGUUUACUCAGGAUGCAAGUCCAGAAGUGAUUUAAACAGGUCAUUCUGAUAUGUUUACCUUGUAGCAUGAAAUACACUGAACAGCUUUCACACUAUUUUUGUUAUUUGCCUUUAUUAAUUUAUUGCAAAGAAUAUCAAUAAAACCUUUUUUCUACCAGACAAACUGUUUGAAUAAAUUAAAUGAUUCAUUUUCA